CUUUUACUUGAAGAUAGGAGUGGAACAAGUGGGUGGGCACACAAUUCAAUAAGGAUAAAACAAUUUUAAUUUUAGAAAUAUCAAUUUUGUUUGACUAUAAAUAGCAUGCAUAUGAUACAAUCUCUUUACAAAAAAACUUCAUCUUUCUCUCUUUAAAAUUUUCUUUCUUUGUUAUUUGUAAAACGUGUUCUAAAACGUGUUUUUCAGCAUUCUCAUUUCCACUAUUUAUUAAGGUACAUUCAUGUAUAUGUUUAUAAUUUAUGGUAAUUAAAAUGAAUUUAGUUAAUUAAUAUUAUAUAGUUAUUUUGUAAUUAGGUUAAACUAAUUUUAGCAACAUAAUACUUUGAGUUUACUUAAUACAAUAUAAACUUAUAAUAAUAAUAUUUAUACAAUUGUUACACCUGAAGGCGAUGCAAUGGCGAAUAUAAGAGAACAAAUUGCAAAUACAUUAUGGGCAAAUAAAAACCAUAUGUAUUGAUUUUUUUGAUUAUUGUAUUUGAAUUUUUUAUAUGUUUAAUUUGAAUUUACAUUAGUUUUGAAUUUAUUUAAAUAUUUAAAAAUUGAUCUUCUAGUUGCUUAAUAUAUAUAUAUAUAUAUAUAUAAGUAAUAUAUAUCAAAAAAUUAUAUUUGUACUUAAAACCUUUUUUAAUUUAUAUACAUUAUUUAAAUUUUAUACAGUACUUUGGUCAGCUUUAAAUAAGAAUUUAUAUUCAAAUUAUAAGUUAAAAAUAUAAUAGAAUUAUGUUUUACUUUUAAUUCAAUGUAAUUUUGUUCUAUUAGAUGUACAAAACAUAAUAUAAAUUAUGUUUCUAAUUCCAUCUAACAGUUUUAUUAAUGAAUGAAAACACUGUAUAAGCUUGUUGUAAAAAAAAAGACUAUAUAAAUUUUAUUUCCCAUAGUAUAUCAUAAUUCUAUUAAAUAAUUAAGUUUAUGAGAUCCUAUAUUUUGAUUUUUUCAUUUAUAAAGUAUUUUUUUAAAUAAGUCCUUUUAAUAAUGAAAAUAAGUAGUAUUAUAAAAUUUAUGUAAAUUAAUUUAAAUUUAAACAGUACUUUGAACCACUUUUUAUUCACUUCCACCAUUCAUACAUAAGUUUAGAACCGCUAGAUCCGCACUUGAACCGCUAGAUCCGGCUUGAACCACUCUUGUUCUGCUCGAUCCACUUGAUCCGCUAGAUCCGCAACGCUUGAUCCGCCUUUCCCAUUCGGAGCCUAAGAACACCUUGAAACAAUUAAAGGUGAUACUGCACAAUUUAGUUCAACAUAACUAUCUAGCUUUAUCAUUUUCUUAGGUAGAUAGAAACAUAUUAUUCAUUACAAAUGCAUAAUUCAUUAAUACAAUAUACCAUUUUUUUGUUCAACUGAGAUAAUCAGUUAUUCUCUUCGUUUCAUAUUAAGUGUCAUUGUACAUAAAAUUUUUCGUUACAAAAUAAGUGUUGUUUUCUAUUUUCAAAGCAAAAUUUUGUUCAUCAAUUUAUUUUUAUAUUGGUUAAAAUAUGAUUUGGUGUAUAAUUAAUUAUGUUUUUAUAUAGAAAAAUUACAAAAUUAAUUAUUUUUUUAAUCUAUGUGCACAAACUCAGAAUGACAUUUAAUAUAAAACAUAUGGAAUAUAUUUUACUGAUUGUUAACAGCGAGAAAAAUAAUGAUGAUUAAAGUCAACCGAUAUAUUAAAGAGCUCCAUUAGAAAAGAAAGAAAGAAAGAAAAAGUAACUCCGAGUUUCAGACUUUUGAUAUUCAAAAGUUAUUUCGAGAAUUUAAGAACAUAUGCCUCGGCCUUGCUGGGCUUCUAAUUUAAGUGAAAUUAUUCGACACUAAUGGGCUUUUGGUUUUAGGCCCAUAAUAGAUUAGCUACUUGAUUAUGAAGAUGUUAAGCUGAAGAGAGAGGCGUGGCUCAUGGUAGUAUACUAGUAGUUAGUAUGAAGCACGAUUUUCUAAGCAUUGCUAAAAAGUUGUGGCACUAUACACGCCUAUGAUUAGUCAAAUCAACUAUCAGUUCUGGGGGAGUACCAAGUGAUUAUAGCGUGAUCCCACACUGUAACUAAUAUGAACUACAUCUAAAACAUGAUCUCAAGUACUGAUUUCUCGAUCAGACCAAAAAAGAAGAAGUAAUGCUCUCCAUACAUUUAGUCGGUAUAUAUACACCGUCUCCUUGUUAGGACCUCUCAACAUUCAUUUUCGAAAGAAGAACAUGGAGACAAUGUCUGCCAAUUACGAGGACCGAGACACACUGUUCAACUUCGUGGUCAAAGAAGGUAAUGGCGUGAAGGGUCUGAUAGACUCUGGCAUAUCUUGUGUUCCACAGCCUUUUGUCCAACCGCUCUCUGAGCGAAUCGCGACCCCAAACGGCCAAACGUGUGAAGCGGUCCAGCCAAUAGAUAUUUCCCAGCUAGACGGUCCAUGCCACACGGAGGUGGCCAAACAAAUUGUUGAAGCUGCUGAGACGCUUGGCUUCUUCCAGGUGGUGAACCAUGGUGUUUCGGUAGAGCUGCUUGAAUUGCUGAAAAUGUCAGCUCAUGAGUUUUUCGAACAACCUCCUGAGAACAAAGCGGUUUACCUAAAAGAAGUGAGUCCAAGCAAGCUAGUUAAGUACGGGACAAGCUUCGUACCAGAGAAGGAGAAGGCCAUUGAGUGGAAAGAUUAUGUGAGCAUGCUUUACACCAAUGACGACGAGGCUCUUCAACACUGGCCUCUACAAUGCAGAGAGGUGGCACUUGAUUUCCUAAAAUCAUCAAUGGCAAUGGUGAAAAGAAUAGUUGAAGUUUUGGUGGAGGAUGUAGGAGUGAUCCUUGAAGAAGAGAGAAUGAACAGUUUGAUGGGGACCAAGAUGGUCAACAUGAACUACUACCCAACAUGUCCCAGCCCCGAGCUCACUAUAGGCGUCGGUCGUCACUCCGACAUGGGAAUGUUAACUGUUUUAUUACAAGAUGGCAUUGGUGGUCUCUACGUUAAAGUAGAUAACGGUGACUGGCUUGAGAUCCCUCCUCUCAAUGGAGCCUUAGUCAUCAAUGUUGGCGAUACUUUGCAGAUUCUAAGCAAUGGGAAGUAUAAAAGUGCGGAGCAUAGGGUUCGAACCACAAACAUCGGAUCGAGAGUCUCUGUGCCUAUUUUCACGGCACCUAAUCUCUCGGAGAAGAUUGGUCCAUUGCCCGAAGUGGUGGAACGUGACGGGGUGGCUCGUUACAAAGAGGUGUUAUUUCAAGACUACAUGAACAACUUCUUCAGCCAACCACACGAUGGCAAGAAGUCUCUCGACUUUGCUCGUGCCGAUUGAUACUAUUACCACUUCUAUCAGUGUCUGUGCCAAAUUAACCACAAUUCUUUUUUUAUAAGGAUUAACCACAAUUUUUUUUUCUUUUUUUUUUUAUGUUUGUUCGAUCCCAAUAAAGGAAAAUGCCUUCUUCGUGUGCACUCAAUAACACGUACGUGAUGCAACUUUAUGAAAUUUACACGCAUGUUAGGAUACUGAUUGAGUUUUCUAAACCAAUACAUUACAUAUUUCAAAAUGCUAGUCUGACGGGACUAAUGAUUUUCACUGUAAUGAUUUUCUUUUCGCCAGUUUCUGUAAGGAUUUCCAAUUUAGAUAACGAGACUCUUUUUUUUUCUCUUUCCUAUUAAUUUGAAAUUUUUUUUUUUUUGAGAAAAUUUUAAUUUGAAAUUUUUGUUUCAAUUUAUCAUUUCGUUUUCAUGGCAUACGAGAUUUUGAGUUUAGACGUAUCCUCGGGUCUAGGUCGCACACAAUUGUUUUGUUGAGUAUAAAAGAAGGAAACGAAUACCGUUUUAAAAUGCGACAAUUUUGAAGAAAGUCCAUAUGACAUAAGCGUGAGAAUUCUUUUUUUUUUUUUUUUGAAAAGGCAAGCGUGAGAAUUCUUAACAUUUCUAGUUGUGACGUGAUCGUGAAACGUGUGUGUUUAAUUAAUGUACUUCAAACAUUGUGACGUUGGACGUUUUCAGAUUUUCAAAGCUCGUGCCAUUGCUUCCUUCUAUAAAAUAUCAUUUGUUUUUAAGAGAGUAUAUGAUUUUUUCCCUUAAGCUCAAUUAAAACUCGUUAACUCAAAUUCAAAUAAAUCUAUGAUAAAUGACGUGUUUAGAUAAGCUAAAUCUAUACUAUAUAAAAGUUGAGGCUAUAAGCCAUUGAGAACGUAAUGUUGCCAAAAAAAUAGUUUAAAAAAAAUAUAUUAUAUAAU